AAGAGGACACACAAAACCCUAAACCAAAAUCGCCAUCUCUCCCCAGAACGACAGCCAUGCAGUUCUCUCAGGACGACUUCGACCGCCUCAUGCUCUCCGAGCACAGCCGCAAGACCUGCGAAGCUCACUACGCCAAGAACCCUCUCGACGCCGAGAAUUUAAUCAAAUGGGCUGGAGCUCUGCUCGAGCUUUCGCAGUUUCAGAGUGUUUCGGACUCCAGGAUCAUGCUCGAUGAUUGUAUAUCGAAGCUGGAGGAGGCUCUGGUGAUCAAUCCUACGAAGCAUGAAGCUCUGUGGUGUUUAGGGAAUGCGCAUACGUCUCAUGGAUUCAUGAAUCCUGACUUGGACGAGGCCAGGCCUUAUUUCGAGAAGGCGUCCGAGUAUUUCCAGAGGGCUGCCGAGCUGGAACCUGGCAAUGAGCUUUAUCUGAAGUCCAUAGAAGUCACAGCUAAGGCACCAGAGUUGCAUACUGAGAUCCACAAGCAAGGAAUGGCUCAACAGGCACUAGGUGGGGGACCUGCCACUUCCUCGAGUGGAAAGAGCUCCAAGGCUAAGAAGAGCAGUGAUUUCAAGUAUGACAUAGCUGGAUGGGUUAUCCUUGCACUUGGCAUUUUUAUAUGGGUUGGGGCGAAAUCCAAUAUGCCACCACCACCACCCCCAAGAUAAGCUCUGCAUUUCUUUUGACUAAAGUAAUUGUCUCAGUGCAUUUGUUGAAGGUUAAUAUUUUUAUAAAAUAUUCAUCUUGUUGAGGUGUAGUAUUUUAAGAAAUCAUCUGGUAUGCAUGGUUAUUUUGACCAUAACAUUUUCUCUGUUGCUAUCUUAAUUAGAAAUAUGAUUUUUUUAUAUGAAUUAUUGUUUGUUCUUUUACAAAUAUGGAAUUGUCUUUGUGUUGGUUGGUUUAGAUAUGGACUCAGCGUCCUGCUUGUUUUUUCCUGCUCUUGGAUAUCAUAUGGAAGGACAUGAUAAUAUUUUCAGUGGUAUCUUGAAAAUUAGCUAACUUUAAAGACAUGGUUAUGUUCAGCUUUGAAUUAAUAACGAAAAGAACCGUACCCCUAGUUCUCAAAAAAAGAAGAAAAGAACCGUACCCCUAAAAUCUGAUAACUCAUCAUCUAUCAUACCCCUAUGUAA